AUGCACAACCUGAUUCUCAUCGCUCCACUCAACAUGAAAGAUCAUGGCGGUCAGAAUGCACCAACCGGCAAGCGCCGACGCGACGAGACUUGUGCGCACGCGCAACAGCAGGCAGACCGCGCAGAUAAUCUCGAAGAGGGCGGCGGGGAGGCGGAGGCGGGACGAGACGCCGUAUGCUUCCAUCUAUGUGGCGGUGGCAUCUCCCGAAGUGAUCUUGCCCAGUGCAGAGAUGAGAAAAAGGGCUGCAGCUCCGAGGGUGGCUGCGUGGUGGACGAUUGGGAACGAAAUGGCUUUCAGGAAAAGCGUUUCAUGUUUGGAUAA